GCGAGGAACAUAUCGAGGGCCAUGGAUGACGUUUGAUGGAGUAAUGUGACGACAGCGUCUUGUAGCAUAAUAUUCUUGGGAAUUUUCUUGAUGGCCAAGUUGAUCAUAUGAGCAUGAUUGCGUGGGGCAGUCGGAGGGAGCGCAGCGACACUGUCAGUAAAUUGGAUUGGGUAAGUCCUGUCCAUCGUACUUGAAUUGACUGUUAAAAGCCUGUUCAAGGACUGGACGUACCUAUAUGCAUGAGACGCUUCAUUUGCUUGCUAUUAGGCGAAUGAUAUCGCCACUGUGCUUGCUACAGCACGUGAGAGUUCACAGGGUUUCUAGGGAUGACUUACCAUCAUCGUACAGGCGGCACCUCAAAUCAGCUGUCGCUCAUCAUUCCUGUCAUCAGUCCAAAAACAUGCUUAAUAUCCACAGAUGCCAUAUAGAACACACAUCGAUAACAGGGCCAUGACGCUACAGCUGUUGUUCGCUUCUCAUCUUUCAUUCGAGUGGGAGGAUGCUAUACCGAAUUCAUUGGCGUACGCGAAGACUGGGAAACAGAGGGCUGUCAAGAUGGCUGUUGGCUAUGAGGUCGGAUGUUCCAAAGAACUUUGGAAGCCACUAUGAGCUUCAAGGUUACUAGUGAGGACGAUGAGAGCGUGUCGGCGGUGAAGACUUAUUCAACGUUAUCUGUAUCAGUUCGAAGACCGUAUUGAUACUCCAUUAGCAGCAGUUGCCUAGCGUUAUCAAAAGGAC